AAAAACCAUGUAGCCACAGGGGUGUCAAACUGGUGGCCCUCCAGCUAUUGUGAAACUACAAGUCCCAUCAUGCCUCUGCCUUUGGGAGUCAUGCUUGUAACUGUCAAUCUUGCAAUGCCUCAUGGGACUUGUAGUUUGGCAACAGCUGGAGGGCCGCCACUUUGACACCCAUUGUAACAUGGGAGUCAAACUGGCGAACCCUCCAUCUGUUGCGAAACUACAAAUCCCAUCAUGCCUCUGCCUUUGGGACUCAUGCUUGUAACUGUCAAUCUUGCAGUGCGUCAUGGGACUAGUUUGGCAACAGCUGGAGGGCCACCAGUUUGACACCCCUGUGCUAGG